AUGGCCACUCACGGGUUGUUCGAUGCGUCAGCCAAGUCCCCACAAGGUCUUCUAUUUGGCUCCUCGUACCAUCUUGGUAAUUUCGACGAAUGCAUCGCUAUUCAAGACCCUGGGGAUAAUGGAGUCACCAUCGAGGGACAGUACUGCCUUGCGACUAUCAACUGGCAACAUGAAGAGGAGAAGAAGGUUCGAACCGGGCGCGGUGAGACGUUGCGUUGGGCGGUUUGCGUUCCCAAUGGCUGCAACGCUAACUCCGUCCAGAGCUUUGUAAGCAGCGUCCUUUCUUACACGGUUGGGAAGAACACUGGAGUUGAUGUCACCGAAAGAGACUGUUAUACCAGAAGACCUAUGUCCAUCACUAAUUUGGAUGUCGGAUUUUUAUCUUUGAUCCUGGUGUUCAUGGCUAUUUUAUUCCUAAGCACACUGUUCGAGAUUGUCACCGUUUACAUGGGAAAGAAGAAGGAAUCUGCUAUCAAAGAUCUUAUCAUCUCCUUCUCCGUCAUUAAUAAUGUAAAGAAGAUCAUCUCCACCAAGCAAAAUUCGAGUCUUGGGCUGGAGUGUGUUAAUGGCAUCAAGGCUUUGGCCAUGAUCUUCAUCUUGGCCGGUCAUGCUUCUUUUAUUGCCAGUGGACCUGUAAUGGAUGCUGCUGCUUGGGAUCGGUUAGUUCGAGAUCCAGUGAAUGGAUUCAUGUUGAACAAUGCAUUGUUGGUGGAUACGUUCCUUUUGCUCAGCGCUUUCCUGUUCAGUCGACUUCUACUUCUAGAACUGGACAAGAGACGAGGAAGGCUUAAUGUUAUACCUAUUCUAGUCUUUAGAUAUAUAAGGGUAACUCCAUCUUACUUAGUGGUGAUGCUGUUCUACAUGACAUGGUUUCCCAAGAUGGGAGAGGGCCCGUUAUGGGAAGAUCGUUUGUUGCUCGAACAGGAGCGUUGCAUGACCUCAUGGUGGACGAAUAUUCUUUACAUUAACAACUAUGUGAACACUGAUAAAAUGUGUAUGUUCCAAUCCUGGUAUCUAUCAGUCGAUACGCAGCUGUUCUUCGUCGCUCCCAUAUUCAUCUACAGCGUUUGGAGGUGGAGGAAAUUUGGAUUCAUCCUGAUGGCUUUUGGAAUCGUCGUGUCGCUGAUGAUCCCAGCCAUAAUCACAUAUCGUGACAAGUUGGACCCAACUUUGCUGUUUUAUGCCAAAGAAUUCACAGACAUCGUGUCCAAUUUUUAUUUUAAAGAAGCGUACAUCAAGACGCACAUGAAAAUGAUAACUUAUUUCUUGGGAUUGUUGACUGGAUACGUGCUACAUCGGAUUCAAUCAGAAAACUACCAGUUGUCUGCUACGCUGAAGUCCUUCGGGUGGACGAUCAGCACCAUUCUCGGCGCAGUGACCACCUUCUCUGUCAGCAUAUUCUACCAAGAAUGGUACCAGUACAGCAGUCUUGAAGCAGCCGCUUACAUCUCCCUGCAUAAAGUCGCCUGGGGCAUCGCCAAUGGAUGGUUGAUCAUCGCCUGUGCCACUGGCAAUGGUGGUAUUCUUGGCAAGUUGUUAUCCUGGAAAUUCUUAGCUCCGAUGUCCAGGCUAACCUUCUGCGCUUAUCUGGUCAACGGUAUUGUCGAGUUGUACUACGUUGGACAGUUAAGGCAUCCGAUGCAUAUCACAUUCUUUACUGUGGCAGCGUCGGCGAUCUCCCAUAUAAUAUUGACAUUCGUCCUUGCCAUGAUGCUGUGUAUAACAUUCGAGUCGCCGUUACAUGGGAUAGAAAAAAUACUGCUAAAAAUGUUCGCCGGACCAAAAAGAGACAGCGAUAGUAGCAGAACCGAUUCUGGAGAAUCAUCGAGAAAUACUAGUCAAUCCAAACUAGAUUCAUAGCGUUUUUAAAUGUAGAUAUUGACGAAACGAAACGUGUGUUAGUUAUAUUAUCAGGUGCUAUCAACUAGUUGGUUGACUAGUUGACCAAUUCUCUGCAAGUCGAUCAACCAGUUCGUAUACUGCACUUGCAUUAUUUAGGUUCGUCCUGUCAUGGGAUGGACCGUACAUGCAGAAUAGUGGAUAACUUGGUUGCAUCUUCAGGGAUAUAAGGCGUUUUUUGAGCCUGCCUACAUAAUGAUUUCAUGUCUUUACGCGAAUGUUAGACUUUCUACUAAAUACAAUUGUAAAUAUUGUAAAUGUAUGUACAUUAUAUAGUACUUUAGAAUACUCAGGUAUUUUUGUAGUGUUUGCAUGUGGUGUGGUGUUAAUGCUUUGUUGAUGUGUGAAAUUAGUUGUGGUUAUGAGAAAUGUAAAUAUCUAUAGUUUUAUUAUACCAAAAUGUAUUUUUCUACCUUGUUAAUGCAAUAUAGGGUGUUCCAAAGGCUUCUUUCUGUUAGUUAUAUUUUAAAAUGUAAAUGAUUUUCGUAUAAUAUUUGACUCGACUUAUAAAUGCCAUUAUAUUUUUUAACUGUGUAUUAUAGUUUAUGUAGUCAAUCAGAAUCUUUGUUGCAAUGUUAACAAAUUAGUCGAAACGUUUUCUGGAACACCCUUCUUGCUGUCCUGAGGUUGGUUUUAUUUAAUAGCGACAUCUGUUGGUAUACGAGGAAAA